GUAAAAAUUAUCACGUGAUAACGUAGAAAUGCACACGAUGAGUGAUUUUGCUGCGAAUGCGUCGGCACACUAAUGUGAAAACAGCUUAUCGAAAGUUACUUCGCAAACAUGGCGGCCGAAGUGGUGGGAGGUGGAAAGGAUGAAAAUACACCAGAAGAGACCUUUAACUCCAAUGGAAAUCUAAGCAUAAAUUUAGACGCUUCUUCAUUAAACGAAAGUUCAGUUACUAGAAAGAACGAAGAAAUAUUUAAACUUGGCUUUAAUUUAAAUGACUUAUACAAAAUCUCAUUGCAGUAUUACAGAAAAGAGAAAGACUUCCUACCACUAACAUACCAUGACAAAGUUCAGCUAGUUGCACUUUGGAAACAGAUUUCGUGUGGAAAAUAUGACGAUUCCAAAGUGUCGGAAAUAGGUUACUUUGAUGUGAUUGGCAAUGAUAGAAGAAAAGCAUGGGGAGCUCUUGCCGAUAUGGCACCAGAUGUUGCAAAAGAGAAAUUUUGCAAUACGCUUGAAAAAAAUUGUCCCAACUAUACAGAAUUCGUAGCUAACAAAAAACGCGAAAUUGAAGCGGAGAUCGAAAGAAAACGAAAAUUAGAAGAAGAGAGAAAAAGAAAAGAAGAAGAGGAACGCAGGAGGAGAGAAGAAGAGGAAAAAAUUAGAAGAGAGGAAGAAGAGCGGAUUAGACUGUCGUUGGAAACUGAAAGAUUGAAGUUAAAGGAGGAGCAAGAAGAAGCAAGACAUCAAGCAAUGGCCGAGCAGGAGCUAAAAGAGAAUCGCAGAACAGAUGCUCCGAAAUUAGUUACUCCGCAGAUUAACGGUGCAACUACGGGAAGAACUAUCGCACCAGCGUCGUUGUGGACUCGUCCCAAACUACAAGAAUUUAUCAAUCACGUAAAAAGAGAUGCAAGUUCUGUACUAGUGGUUGGGCGAGGAGAAACAGUCACUAUACGAGUGCCCACUCACGAAAAUGGUUCGUGUUUAUUUUGGGAAUUCGCUACGGAAUCCUACGAUGUCGGUUUCGGUGUGUAUUUCGAAUGGUCAACUUCCAAAUCGCAAGCAAUAAGCGUGAAAGUAAACGAUUCAGACAACGACGAGACAAACACCGCCGACGAAGUGAAAACGAACGGAGUUGAACAAAUAGUCGUUAACGAAAACGAAAACAAUGUUGAAGUAAUGGAUAAACCGAAUACGGACGAAGUUUUGCCAGUGCUUCGUAGAAACUCGCAUGCAGAGGUCAUAGUAGGCUCUCACAUGUAUCCUGGACAAGGAAUAUACUUGCUAAAAUUUGACAAUUCCUAUUCAUUGCUACGAUCAAAAACUUUAUAUUACAGAGUUUACUACACGAAAUGACCUAUUUCUAGAAUAACUUCGGCCUCAGGCUUCAUCUUUUCACAACGGACACUAGGUUGCGUCUGAUUUAGUUAAUAUAAUUUAUUUGCUAUUAAAAUAUUAGAAUAUCUUUUUUUAAAGCGCAGACCGACUGGGUCAGUUGUUUUUUUGGUAUCAAAUUUUUCAUACAAUACAGAAGCUAUUGAGUUUCUAUCUACAAAAGUUGACAAGUGUAGUCUUGAACAAAUAUUUUGACAAAAUAUUUCUGUGUAAUUCAAAAAUCAGGUCGUUUUUCUGCGUAUUUAUUAUGCUGCCAAAUAUUGUUACUUCGCUUGAUCCAUAAGACGUAGCGCCUUAUCAGCGUUCAUUUGUAUAGCUGUUAGAUAUAUGGAUUAGCGUAUUUUUUGUACCAACUCAUAAAUGGAGUGUUCUGUCUUUUGUAUGUGUAAAAUGUCCUAUUUGAGAAGUAUAUAAACGGGAGAAAAAUCCUUCAUUAAGGUA